CCCGCUCGGCCCCCUCCUCGCCAGCCGCCGCCGCGAGCCGGCCGGGGCGGGUCCCGCCACCACCAUGCGGGGCGAGCUGUGGCUCCUGGUGCUGGCRCUCAGGGAGGCUGCCCAGGCGCUGAGCCUCCAGCCCGCGGCAGGUCACRAUGAAGGCCGAGGCUCUGGAUGGGCUGCCAAGGGGACCACACAGGGCUGGAAUCAGAGAGUGCGAGAAAGGCAGGUGUCAGAGCCGAACAGGACCCAGCUGAGCCAGGACUUGGGUGGGGGCACCCUGGCUAUCGACACACUGCCGGAUAACAGGACCAGGGUGGUGGAGGACAACCACAGCUACUAUGUGUCCCGUGUCUACGGCCCCAGUGAGCCCCGCAGUSGGGAACUAUGGGUGAACGUGGGUGAGGCCAACCAGAACCAAGUGAAGGUCCACAGGAUCCUUUCCAACACCCACCGGCAGGCCUCGAGAGUGGUGUUGUCCUUCGAUUUCCCUUUCUAUGGGCAUCCUCUGCGGCAGAUCACUAUAGCAACUGGAGGCUUCAUCUUCAUGGGCGAYGUGAUCCACCGGAUGCUCACAGCUACCCAGUACGUGGCCCCCCUGAUGGCCAACUUCAACCCUGGCUACUCCGACAAUUCCACAGUGUCUUACUUUGACAAUGGGACAGUCUUUGUCGUUCAGUGGGACCACGUCUACCUCCAAGGCCGGGAGGACCGGGGCAGCUUCACCUUCCAGGCCGCUCUGCACCGUGAUGGCCGCAUUGUCUUCGGCUACAAAGAGAUCCCCAUGUCUGUCCUGGAGAUCAGCUCCUCCCAGCACCCCGUCAAAGCAGGCCUGUCAGAUGCCUUCAUGAUUGUCAACCCAUCCCUGGAUGUGYCAGAGUCUCGGCGAAGGACGAUCUUUGAAUACCACCGGGUGGAGCUGGACUCCAGCAAGAUCACCAGCACGUCGGCCGUGGAGUUCACCCCAUUGCCAACUUGCCUGCAGCAUCGGAGCUGUGACACCUGCAUGUCCUCGGACCUGACCUUCAACUGCAGCUGGUGCCAUGUCCUGCAGAGGUGCUCCAGUGGUUUCGACCGCUAUCGUCAGGAAUGGCUGGCCUAUGGCUGUGCCCAGGAGGCAGAGGGCAGCACGUGCGAGGACUUCCAGGAUGAGGACCACUACUCAGCCUCCCCUGACAGCUCCUUUGGCCCCUUGGACGGCGACCUCACCACCACUUCCUCCUCCCUCUUCAUUGACAGCCUUACCACUGAAGAUGACACCAAGUUGAACCCUUACGCAGGAGAUGGUCUCCAGGACAACCUGUCCCCAAAGACAAAGGGCCCCCCUGUGCACCUGGGCACCAUUGUGGGCAUCGUGCUGGCCGUCCUCCUGGUGGCAGCCAUCAUCCUGGCUGGUAUUUACAUUAAUGGCCACCCCAACUCUAAUGCUGCGCUGUUCUUCAUCGAGCGGAGACCUCACCACUGGCCAGCCAUGAAAUUCCGCAACCACCCCAACCACUCCACCUACACUGAGGUGGAGCCCUCGGGCCAUGAGAAGGAGGGCUUUGUGGAGGCCGAGCAGUGCUGAGGCCAGGCAAGAAAACCCAGGAUGGCCAGAAAAGAUGAGCUGUGCAAAGAGAAGAAGUAACUUUUGCAGGCCUUCUCCAAGCACCUGGGCCCAGAAGASGAGAUGGGUGGCUUGUGGUGCUGGGGCCGCAGUUUAGCCCACAGCCCAGCUAAAGAGGGGGCAGCACAGCAACCACGGGGGGGGGUUUAAAGGAACAAUCACCUAAUCUCAUCCUGUUUAAUAAGAGGGGUCUCCCCUUGGUUCUCUCAAUGAUCUACUCUCUAGCUGUCUCAGACCUACCUCCCCACUGGAGGUGGCCUCAUGCCCUUCUGUCCUCUUGAGGCUCCUGUGUAGAUCACAGGCUCACUAAAAAGCCUGGGGCAGGACUGCUGCGUUCCAGGGCAUAGACUCAAGAGCUGGUCCUCCUGGCUCUGGAGGCAGCGCACUUAGCCCCAGCUUCUGUGGCUCUGGAAGCCAAAGAAGGGGUUCUCUCCAUCUGUGAAGAUCUAAGCCCUUAGGACAUGUCAUCAUGGGAGAGAAGCCAAACAAGAGGAAAGGAAGAAGGGGCUGGGGCUYGGGC